GAAGAGGAUUGUUGCCGAGGACGCAUUGAGCUGUCAGAUAUAACGCCGCUCAUGCGACUCUUACCUACCUGGAGUUUCACUGCCAUGGACUUAACCGAGGAUAGUGCUGUGGAAAUUAUCCCGUUCUGACCUACUUCUUCUCGCGUUUCUUUCACCCGCUGUCCUCUGACGCCUUCUCUCAUUCCUUCCAGGUGACUUAAACAGAGAAAUCAUGUCGGACAAAAUGUCUAGCUUCCUCCAUAUAGGGGACAUUUGCUCUCUGUAUGCAGAAGGCUCCACCAGUGGAUUUAUUAGCACUUUGGGGCUUGUGGAUGACCGUUGUGUAGUACAACCAGAUGCAGGGGACCUCAACAAUCCACCCAAGAAAUUUAGAGACUGCCUUUUCAAGCUAUGUCCUAUGAACAGAUAUUCAGCACAGAAACAGUUCUGGAAAGCAGCAAAACCUGGCGGCAACAGUACUACAGACACAGUCCUGCUCAAUAAACUUCAUCAUGCUGCAGACCUUGAGAAGAAGCAGAAUGAGUCUGAAAACCGCAAGCUGCUGGGAACAGUCAUCCAGUAUGGAAAUGUGAUUCAGUUGCUGCACCUGAAAAGCAAUAAAUACCUGACUGUGAACAAGCGGCUGCCUGCACUGCUGGAGAAGAAUGCCAUGAGAGUGACUCUGGACUCGGCAGGGAAUGAGGGAUCCUGGUUCUACAUUCAGCCAUUCUACAAGCUGAGAUCCCUGGGAGACAGUGUGGUGAUUGGGGACAAAGUAGUCCUUAAUCCUGUGAAUGCAGGACAACCUCUCCAUGCCAGCAGCCAUCAGCUUGUUGAUAACCAAGGGUGUAAUGAGGUUAAUUCUGUAAAUUGCAACACAAGCUGGAAGGUUGUACUAUUCAUGAAAUGGAGUGACAACUUGGAAACCAUACUCAAAGGGGGUGACGUCGUUAGGUUAUUCCACGCAGAGCAGGAGAAGUUUCUUACUUGUGACGACCACAAGAAGAAGCAACAUGUUUUUCUCCGAACCACCGGUCGACAGUCUGCAACUUCAGCCACCAGCAGCAAAGCACUUUGGGAAGUGGAGGUGGUCCACCAUGACCCCUGCAGAGGAGGUGCAGGCUAUUGGAACAGUCUGUUCAGGUUUAAACAUUUGGCCACUGGUUGCUAUUUGGCUGCAGAGAUGGGUGAGGUGAAUCCAGACUUUGAGGAGGAGAGUGCUGAACAGCGAUCUUCUGUGGUGGACUUUACACCCUUCAAUUUCCAGCUGGAUGCUGAUAAUGAAGCUCUACGUGGCCGUCUCCGUGCUCCACAGGAGAAAAUCAUGUACACUCUGGUGCCUGUACCUGAUGGCAUGGAUGUCUCCUCCAUCUUUGAGCUGGACCCUACCACUCUAAGAGGAGGGGAUUCAAUGGUUCCCAGGAGUUCCUAUGUCAGGCUUCGACACUUGUGCACCAACACAUGGGUUCAUAGCACCAACAUCCCCAUUGACAAAGAGGAGGAGAAACCUGUCAUGUUGCAGAUUGGAACAUCAGCUUUAAAAGAAGACAAGGAAGCCUUUGCCAUAGUCCCAGUGCCACCAUCAGAAGUGCGCGAUUUAGACUUCGCUAAUGAUGCAAGUAAGGUGUUGGCUUCUAUUGCUGGCAAGCUGGAAAAAGGCACCAUCACACAAAAUGAAAGGAGGUUUGUGACAAAGUUGCUGGAAGAUUUAGUUUUCUUUGUGGUGGACAUCCCCAACAGUGGACAGGAUGUUUUAGAGAUCAUGGUUAACAAGCCCAAUAGAGAAAGACAAAAGCUGAUGAGAGAGCAGAACAUCCUUAAACAAAUUUUUAAACUUCUCCAAGCCCCUUUCACAGACAGCGGAGAUGGUCCCAUGUUACGACUGGAGGAGCUCGGAGAUCAGCGCCACGCUCCAUUUAGGCACAUUUGUAGGCUUUGUUACAGAGUGCUCCGCCAUUCCCAACAGGAUUACAGGAAGAACCAAGAAUAUAUAGCCAAGCAAUUCCGCUUUAUGCAGAAACAGAUUGGUUAUGAUGUACUGGCAGAAGACACAAUAACAGCUCUACUCCAUAACAACCGGAAGCUGCUGGAAAAACACAUCACUGCUGCUGAAAUUGACACCUUUGUCACUCUAGUGAGGAAAAAUCGGGAACCAAGAUUUCUGGACUACUUGUCAGAUCUCUGUGUGUCCAUGCACAAAUCCAUUCCAGUGACUCAGGAGCUCAUCUGCAAUGCAGUGCUGGACUGCAGCAAUGCUGACAUCCUCAUCGAAACCAAAUUAGUUCUCUCAAGGUUUGAGAUUGAGCCAACAGUAAAUGGGGAGGCCCCAGUAGAGGCAGAAGAUGUGGAGGAGGUCUGGUUGUUCUGGAAAGACAACUGUAAGGAGAUCCGCAGUAAGAGCGUCCGGGAGUUGGCCCAGGAUGCAAAGGAGGGUCAGAAGGAGGACCAGGAAGUGGUCAGCUAUUACAGGUGCCAACUGAAUCUCUUCGCUCGCAUGUGUUUGGACCGCCAGUAUCUGGCCAUCAACAAGAUCUCUGGUCAGCUAGACGUGGAUUUGAUCUUGCGCUGCAUGUCCGAUGAAGACUUGCCCUUUGACCUGCGGGCAUCUUUCUGCCGCCUGAUGUUGCACAUGCAUGUGGACCGGGACCCUCAAGAGCAGGUCACACCUGUCAAAUAUGCUCGUCUGUGGUCUGAGAUUCCAUCCAAAAUUGCUAUUGAUGACUACGACAACGAUGGAACCACCAGAGAUGAGAUUAAAGAGCGUUUUAGCCUCACCAUGGAUUUUGUUGAGACUUACCUGCGAGAGGUGGUGUCACAAAAUAUUCCCUUCUCUGACAAGGAGAAAAACAAGCUCACCUUUGAGGUAGUAAACCUGGCGAGAAACCUCAUAUACUUUGGUUUCUACAACUUCAGUGACCUGUUGCGCUUGACAAAGAUCUUACUCAACAUUUUAGACUGUGUACAUGUCAGUACUGUUUACCCCAUCAACAAGAUUGAGAAGGGGGAUGAAAGCAAAGGUGGUAGUAAUGUAAUGAAGUCAAUUCAUGGAGUGGGGGAGCUGAUGACCCAGGUAGUGCUGCGAGGAGGGGGCUUACUGCCCACCACAUCAACUCAUCAGCCUGAAGGAGACGUGGUAAAAACACAGACCGAACCAGAGAGAGAAGAUAUCAUGGUCAUGGACACGAAGCUCAAGAUUAUUGAGAUCCUGCAGUUCAUUUUAAAUGUACGGCUAGACUACAGAAUUUCUUGCCUGCUUUGCAUUUUCAAACGUGACUUUGAUGAAAACAACCCACAAGGAGACACCACUGUCAGUGGAGGCAACAACAUUACAGCUCAGAUGCCUGGAAAUCUUGACUUUGAGAACAUUGAGGAACAAGCUGAAGGCAUCUUUGGUGGCAGUGAGGAAAACACUCCUUUAGAUCUGGAUGAUCACGGUGGCCGCACAUUUCUGAGGGUCCUGCUGCACCUGACCAUGCACGACUACCCACCCCUUGUGUCUGGAGCACUUCACCUGCUCUUCAGACACUUCAGCCAGAGGCAGGAAGUCCUGAUGGCCUUCAAACAAGUUCAGCUACUUGUUACCAGUCAGGAUGUCGAGAACUACAAGCAGAUCAAGUCAGAUCUGGACCAGCUGCGUUCUAUUGUGGAGAAAUCUGAACUUUGGGUUUACAAGAGGCAAGGAGAGGAUGGGAUGGAUGGAGAUGGACCUUCAGAGUCUGACAAUAAAAAGAAGGGAGAUUAUCUUGGUUCAGACAAGAAGAAGACAGAAAGCACCAGCAGUUACAACUACAGGGUUGUAAAGGAGAUCCUUGUACGUCUCAGUAAACUGUGUGUCCAGGAGGGUACCUCAGGAAAGAAGAGUAAGAAACAGCAGCAGAGGCUGCUGAGGAACAUGGGAGCUCAUAGUGUGGUGCUGGAACUCUUACAAAUCCCCUAUGAGAAGGGUGAAGACGUUCGAAUGCAGGAGAUCAUGAAAUUGGCUCAUGAAUUUUUGCAGAAUUUCUGUGCUGGAAACCAGCAGAACCAAACUCUUCUUCAUAAGCACAUUAACCUAUUCCUUAACCCAGGAAUCCUUGAGGCUGUCACCAUGCAGCACAUCUUCAUGAAUAAUUCGCAGCUGUGCAAUGAAAUCAAUGAGCGCGUUGUUCAGCACUUUGUCCACUGCACCGAGACACAUGGGCGACAUGUCCAGUACCUUAAAUUUCUUCAGACGAUUGUUAAAGCUGACAACAAGUUCAUAAAGAAGUGUCAGGACAUUGUCAUGGCAGAGUUGGUGAACUCUGGCGAAGACAUCCUGGUCUUCUAUAAUGACCGUGCAUCCUUCCAGACCCUAGUCCAGAUGAUGCGGUCGGAGCGGGACCGUUUAGAUGAAAACAGCCCUCUAAUGUAUCACAUCCACCUGGUUGAACUGCUCGCUGUCUGCACCGAGGGAAAGAACGUCUACACUGAGAUAAAAUGCAACUCAUUGUUACCUUUGGAUGAUAUAGUGCGCAUUGUCACCCAUGAAGACUGCAUCCCAGAGGUGAAGAUUGCCUAUAUCAACUUCUUAAACCACUGUUAUGUGGACACGGAGGUGGAGAUGAAAGAGAUUUAUACAUCCAACCACAUGUGGAAGCUAUUUGAGAACUUCCUGGUGGACAUUUGUAGAGUGUGCAACAAUACAAGCGACAGGAAGCAUGCAGACACAAUCUUGGAGCGCUAUGUAACCGAGACUGUCAUGAGUAUUGUUACAUGUUUCUUCAGCUCUCCUUUCUCUGACCAGAGCACAAGCCUGCAGACUCGUCAGCCAGUGUUUGUACAACUGCUUCAGGGAGUGUUCAGGGUAUACCACUGUAACUGGCUGAACCCUGCUCAGAAGCACUCAGUUGAGGGGUGUAUCAAAGUACUUUCAGACGUGGCUAAGAGCAGAGCAAUUGCCAUCCCGGUGGACCUUGACAGUCAGGUGAACAACUUGUUUGUUAAGCCCAAUAACGUUGUGCAGAAGACUCUUCUCAACUGGAAACAGUCUGCGAAGAACACGUCCAGACGAGAAUCAGGCCUGUCUGCCUCUAAAGACUACAAGAACAUCAUUGAAAAGCUGCAGGACAUUGUUUCGGCUCUGGAGGAUCGAUUGAGGCCGCUGGUCCAAGCUGAGCUCUCAGUACUGGUGGACGUCCUCCAUCGCCCUGAGCUGCUCUUCCCUGAGAACACAGAUGCUCGCAAGAAAUGUGAAAGUGGAGGAUUCAUAUCAAAGCUGAUCAAACACACCAAGCAGCUCCUGGAAGAGAAUGAGGAGCGUCUCUGCAUCAAAGUACUGCAGACACUCAGGGAAAUGAUGACGAAAGAUCGGGGCUAUGGGGUGAAGCUGAUUGCCUUUGAUGAUGAAAUGGAUGUGGCUGAGCUGGCACCUCCACCUGAGCCUGAAGUCCUGGCAGAGGAGCUUGAUCCCAACCAGCCACUGAAGCAAGUGGAGGAUCAAAGGAGGGGUGAGGCUCUGCGUCAAAUUUUGGUCAACCGGUACUAUGGAAAUGUUAAAUCUGGUCAGAGGAGAGAGAGCCUUACAUCCUACAGCAAUGGCCCACUCACGCCUGGAGCUCAAGGAAAAUCACCUACACUUGUGAGCUCUGGGAUUGGAGGUCGAGGGGAGCUGAGUCUGGCUGAGGUCCAGUGCCACCUUGAUAAAGAAGGAGCCUCUGAUCUGGUGAUUGACCUCAUCAUGAAUGCCACCAGUGAUCGUAUUUUCCAGGAGAGCAUUUUGUUAGCCAUCGCGCUGCUUGAGGGUGGAAACACAGUCAUCCAGAGGUCAUUUUAUAAUCGUUUAACUGGAGACAACAAAUCAGAAAAAUUCUUCAAGGUGUUUUAUGAGCGCAUGAAGCUGGCCCAGCAGGAAAUUAAAGCCACUGUGACAGUCAACACCAGCGACCUGGGCAGCAAGAAGAAGGAUGAGGAACCGCCAGACAAAGACAUGCCAACACGGAAGAAAGUGAAAGACGUGCCGGUGGUUGCAAUGGUGACUGAGGAAGUAAAGGAGCAGCUGGUGGAGGCCUCUGCUGUCACCAAGAAAGCGUACACUAUCUACCGUCGUGAGGCAGAGGCUGAGGAGCACCAGGCGGCUGCUGACGGUACCCCCAUACCGACCGCCGAUAAGAGCCAAGACGAAGGCGAAAUGAGUGUCAUUAUUACCAUCAUGCAGCCCAUCCUACGCCUUAUGCAGCUGCUCUGUGAGAACCACAACAGAGAUCUGCAGAACUUCUUACGCAAUCAGAACAACAAGAACAACUAUAAUCUGGUAUGUGAGACUCUUCAAUUCCUGGACUGCAUCUGUGGCAGCACCACAGGAGGGCUAGGGCUGCUGGGACUCUACAUCAACGAGAAGAACGUGGGACUCAUCAACCAAACUGUGGAGAGCCUGACUGAGUACUGCCAGGGUCCUUGUCAUGAGAACCAGAACUGCAUUGCAACUCAUGAGUGCAAUGGCAUUGAUAUCAUCAUUGCUCUCAUUCUCAAUGACAUCAACCCUCUCGGUAAGAAGAGGAUGGACCUUGUUCUGGAGCUCAAAAACAAUGCCUCCAAGCUGCUUCUCGCAAUUAUGGAGAGUCGCCAUGACAGUGAGAAUGCUGAAAGAAUCCUGUACAACAUGAGGCCCAAAGAGCUGGUGGAAGUUAUCAAAAAGGCCUACAUGCAGGGUGAGAUAGAGGUGGAGGAGCCUGAGGAGGGCGAGGAUGGUGAGGAGGAACAUUCUGCGUCUCCACGGAACGUGGGACAUAAUAUCUACAUUUUGGCACAUCAAUUGGCACGUCAUAACAAGGAACUGCAGGCCAUGUUGAAGCCAGGGGGGACGUAUGGAGAGGGUGAUGAAGCAUUGGAGUUCUAUGCCAAACACACAGCUCAGAUUGAGAUUGUACGUCUUGAUCGCACAAUGGAGCAGAUAGUUUUUCCUGUCCCCAACAUCUGUGAGUUCCUUACACAAGAGUCCAAACUACGAGUCUACUACACCACAGAGCGGGAUGAGCAAGGCAGCAAGAUCAAUGAUUUUUUCCUACGCUCUGAGGACCUCUUCAAUGAGAUGAAUUGGCAGAAGAAGCUGCGAGGUACUCAAGAGGCAACUGGUAACACAAACACAGUACCCUCUCAGCCCAUCCUUUACUGGUGCUCCAGGAACAUGUCCUUCUGGAGCAGCAUCUCCUUCAACCUGGCUGUACUGAUGAAUGUCCUUGUGGCCUUCUUCUACCCACUGGAAGGUGUUCGUGGAGGCACCCUGGAGCCCCACCUGUCUGCUCUGUUGUGGAUAGCCAUGUUGGUGUCUCUGGCCAUCGUCAUCGUGUUGCCUCAGCCUCAUGGAAUCAGGGCGCUGAUUGCGUCCACCAUCCUGCGCCUGAUCUUCUCUGUCGGCUUAGAGCCCACUUUGCUCCUGCUAGGGGGGUUUAAUCUAUGUAACAAGGUGAUCUUCCUAAUGAGUUUCGUUGGGAACCAAGGAACCUUUACACGGGGAUACAAAGCCAUGAUCAUGGAUGUGGAGUUCCUGUACCACCUGCUCUACCUGAUUAUCUGCUCACUGGGGGUCUUUGUCCAUGUCUUCUUCUACAGCUUGCUGCUCUUUGAUCUUGUUUACCGAGAAGAGACCUUACUGAACGUAAUAAAGAGCGUCACCCGAAAUGGACGCUCCAUUGUUCUGACAGCUGUGUUGGCCCUUAUCCUCGUCUACCUCUUCUCUAUUGUGGGAUAUAUCUUCUUCAAGGAUGACUUUAUGUUGGCUGUCGACAGGAUACCCAACAAAACUCUCGAACAUGGAGCUAGCAUGAUUGGAGAGCUGUUCUCGGGUGGAGUGUGUCAAAAGGAAAAUGGAGAAAAUUGUUCCACAGAGGCCGUCAUGGAUGCUUCCAUUGGUGUCCAGCCAUCAGUGGUGAUUGAGGACAAGGAGCGAACGUGUGAUUCCUUACUCAUGUGCAUUGUCACAGUACUGAGUCACGGCCUGAGGAGUGGAGGAGGUGUUGGGGACGUCCUGCGGAAACCAUCCAAAGAGGAACCCUUGUUUGCAGCCAGAGUUAUCUACGACCUACUUUUCUUCUUCAUGGUCAUCAUUAUUGUCCUCAACCUCAUCUUUGGUGUCAUUAUCGAUACGUUUGCCGACUUGAGGAGUGAAAAGCAAAAGAAAGAGGAAAUUCUAAAGACGACAUGUUUCAUUUGUGGUCUGGAGAGAGACAAGUUUGACAAUAAGACGGUUACUUUUGAAGAACACAUCAAGGUGGAGCACAACAUGUGGCACUACCUGUUCUUCAUCGUCCUGGUCAAGGUCAAGGACUCCACAGAGUUCACUGGGCCGGAAAGCUAUGUGGCUGAAAUGAUCAGGGAACACAACUUGGACUGGUUUCCUCGAAUGCGGGCCAUGUCCCUGGUGAGCAGUGAUGCAGACGGAGAACAGAAUGAAAUAAGGAACCUGCAAGAGAAGCUGGAGUCCACCAUGAAACUGGUGACCAACCUCUCGGGCCAGCUUACCGAGCUCAAAGAGCAGAUGACAGAGCAGAGGAAGCAGAAACAGCGGAUUGGCCUGUUGGGACACCCUCAGCACAUGAACGUCAACCCCCAGCAGCCCGCGUAAGGUCCACCGACAAAGUCUGGAAGCUGCUCGGCGUCUGGAAGGGAGCGAUCAGUCCUCGCAUUAAGGUUUCCCAUAAUGUAUGCAGCACUGAGUGUGAAAGUACCUUACAACGGUAGGGAAUGCUGUAACAUAGAUAGCUAUAAGACUAUGUGUAGCUCUUCCCCACGCAAGGUGUUGCUCCAGACAGUGACACUCACCCACCUCAUUCUGUUCUGUUCAGUUGGUGCCAAAUGUUUUGUUUUUUUCUCUGCAGAAAGAAAUUGGAUUUCUCAACACAUAGCCUUUAAUGGUUCAACUUGAAAGUUGUUUUUUUAUUUAAAUGUUUUCUAUUUAUAUUCCUAACACACUGAGCAGUAUUUAUUGUCUUAUUCUUUUUUUGUUGUGCCAUAUAUGAACUUAAAUAUGCAACCGAAUGGUGUGUAGAUUUAAGUUUUAAAACUUACGUCUUAUUUAAAUCCAUUGGGGAGUUGUUUAGUCGGUUCUUUGUUGUCUCUAGACAAUUAAGCAGUUGUCAUUCAUCUGUAUUUAUACAUAAACUGAGAUAUAAUAAGUUGGGCUUCACAAUAUAACUUUUUCUUUUAGCUUGUCAAAAUGUUGACACUGAGUGACUUCUGUACUCAGUAGAUGGGAUAUUGUAUGAGAGCAAUAUAAACAAAUAGAUAACUUCCUUUAUAUGAUCAAAUAUUUGUUUUAAGUUAUUUUAUAGGGAAGUAGCUUUAUCAUUUAACUGGGUUGCACCAGCCAUCUAGAACUGUGUUCAUAGAGGGUUGCUCAGGAGUCAUGUAGUUUAUACAGUAAUAAUUACCACUGGUAUAUUCUGACAUGUGGGUGCCGAUUCUGUGGGAACUUUGUUCAUUUAGUUUGACUUGAACAUUUUAGCUCCUUUCAUGUUAGGAAUAUACCUUUUUUUUGGAGGGGGACUACUUUGUGUAUAUAACGUUUGUUGCUUUACUUUGCUUUGUAUAGAAAAAUAAGAUUACUGUAAAAACAUUACUGUCACAAAAUGUUAAGUGUAAACAAAUCAAAGCUUUGUCAAUUUGUAUAUAGAAGUAGAAUUAUUUAUUAAAAUCGUACUUAUCCUUUAAUUGUGCUGACUUUUUUUGUUUCAUAUAGAUUGCUGAAUGCACCUAUUCAUGGAAUUUGUAAAAAAAAUAAAUAAAUAAAAACCAUUCAUACA